UCUCUCUCUCUCUCUCUCUCUCUCUCAUACAGCAUUUGCUCAUUCAAACGUUCAGCCAGUUGGCUCAGCAAGAAACGAAAGCUAAAUUUCAAUUCAUAUUUGGAAGAAAAUGGCCUCUGGUCUUAAAUUUGUGCGAUUUUUUGGUGGUUUUGUGUGUGGAGUCACUGUUAGCACUGGUGCUAGCGUGGUAGCAGUUAAACUAUAUCUUCAGCAUGAAGAGUCCACACAGGAGAAAGAGAGUGCAGUACAGAGAAUCAUUAAGCUCUAUGGGCUCCCUGUGGAUGGAGCUGAGACCAGAUAUUACACCAACCACAUCUUGUCGUAUGAUCAGAGCCGAAGGACACCGAGAUGGGUGGCUGAACACCUCUCUAAUGAAAAACUACUUGGAAAAGCAGACAGAAAGCACUGCAAAUUCAAGCCAGACCCCAGCAUCCCAGAGCUGUUCACAGCACACAAUGAAGACUACCUUGGCAGCGGUUGGUCUCGAGGACACAUGGCACCAGCUGGCGACAAUAAAUUUUCAGAGCAAUCCAUGGCGGAGACAUUCUAUCUGUCCAAUAUCGUCCCACAGAAUUACGAAAACAACGCCGGUUUCUGGAACAGGUUGGAGAUGUAUUGCAGAGAGCUGACAGAGAGGUUCAGAGAUGUGUGGGUAAUUUCAGGCCCACUUACUCUUCCACAAGCAGGAGAGGAUAAAAAGAAAACCGUCUCUUAUCAGCUGAUUGGAAAAGACGACGUGGCUGUACCCACUCAUCUGUACAAAGUGAUCCUUGUGAGAAAAGAUCAUUCGUCUGACGUGCUGGCUCUCGGUGCCUUUGUAGUGCCGAACGCUCCCAUCGGUUUCGAGCAUCAGCUGAAGGAGUACCAGGUGAGCCUCACAGAGCUGGAGAGAAUGGCAGGCCUGACCUUCUUCCCUAAACUGGACAACAGCCAGGAUGUGAAGAACCUUUGCCUGCUGGACUCCUGUGAGCUCAUGGACUUUAAGCAGUUCACGCUGUACAUUACUGGCCGUAAGGUGAAGGGUGUCAAGUCCUUGGUGAAGCUGGAGAAGAUCAUGGCGGAGCUCAAGGAAGCCAGUAUCACGCCGGAUGAAUACUUGACUAAAGUGUACUUUGAGAAGAAACAAGAACUCUUACAAAAGGAAAGCCCACAGGUCAAAUGAGGAUAAGGACAUUUUGAACUGCUUUGUCCUGGUUCAAAGUCAAAGCGCUUUUAUGAUGCAUUCUUUAUCAGGCACUUAUUUUAACCAUGUUUUAAAAGUUUUACAUUUAAAGAGAAUACAAACAAAUCAAAAUAUUGGAACUUGAAUCAUAUUCUCAGGGAAUGAUGAUAAAUUUAUUAGAAAAUUA